UUUUGACCCUAGAACAUUACACCACAGUUUCGAAAACGUUCUUGCGUCGACAAGAUCACAGAUUUGAUCGCUGCUGAACUGAUUUGUAUUUACUGUGAGCUUCGAAGGUACAAUAUUUUCGAUGGCACCAGGACAGAUUCAGAUAUUCGUGCACGGUAUACAAGGAGGGAUAACCACCGUAAACAUUCAUAAGGAUGCUACGGUCAAGGAAUUCUUUGCAGUGGUGUCUAAAAAGAACGGCGUACCAGAGGAUCAGCUUCGUGCGGUGUACACCACGAAACAACUGGAGAUAGGCAAACGCCUGUCCGACUACGGCAUGCAGAAUGAGUCCAAUGUAUUCCUCAUUCUUCGACUGCUUGGCGGAUCGAUGACAUCAAUCCCACCUGAGAAAGAACUGGACGACGCUGUGGAACUCAGCGAUGCCCCAGAUAUGAUCACUUGGGACGAUGACCCCGGAAACAAGAGAGCCAAGAUGCCUUGCGGGCACGCCAUAAGUAAGGAAGUGUCUUUUUCCCUUUCUUUCUCUUUCCCCUCUCCCAUCUCCCCUCUCUUUCCCCUCACCCCUAGGCUCAGCUGCUCCAUCAAAUCAACCCUACCUCUCUCCAUAAUGUCGGUGUAAAAAUGGGUACUCGCGUGAAGCCAGAGUAAAUUGCCUUGCCUCGUGAGCG